CGGACCCAACUGCAUUCUCGCACCUUUCUUUCCUCAUUAUCGCCAAAAACAGUUCCUUAAUGCUCACAAGCUUUUCGGAGUUGGCAAAAUCACCAGCAUGAUCAAGCCUCUUGACCAUGUUAACAGAAACUCAGCCAUCGACGCCAUUAUCUUUGAGUCAGAUAUGAGAGCCAAAGACCCUGUUGGGGGCUGCUUAAGAACCAUUCUAUACUUGCAAUCUGUCAUCGCUUCUGCAGAAUCUGAACUCCAAUUUCUCCUUCAACACCUUGCCUUCUUCAGAGCGCAAGCUCUUGAUUCCAUCGCCACACCACAACCACCACCACCACCACCUUCCUCCUCCCACGACCCUUAUCAUCAAGGAAUGUCACUUCAAGAAUCAAAAGAUCCGUCACAACUUCACCCACAAGAUCUUGGAAAUGAUCCCUCACAAAUUCAACAACAAGAACAGCCAAAAGAUUCGUGCUUUAAUUACAAUGCAUUGCAAGAAGAUAUGAACGUGUCGGACAUUGACAGCUUAGUACCGUUCUCUCCGUGGCUAUCGCCGCUGGAUGACAUCAGCCAAUAUCAAGAUCCCUGAUGGCUGCGGGUAUAUUUUUCUUUCUUUCUUUCAACAAGAAACUUUCUUGGGUCAUUCAAAAGUCCUUCCAAUCACCAUAAUCACUUCUUGAUGUGAAUGAACUAUACUUC